AUGUAUAAGAUUAAGGAAAUAUUACGUAUACAAUGCCCUACGCGGAAAAGUUUGACUCUAAAUCAAGAAGCAAUAAGUAGAGAGCUCGUUCCAGUUGUGGACGUAUGGAAGGAUCCUAAAGAUCUCAUAACAAAUUUAGCACAAUUAACAUUAGGAUUGAUGGGAGCAUGGAUGUCACCAGUCUCAGAACAAAUAUUAUCAACUGACAUGGAUGUCAAUCCUUUGGGAAAACCUGUCACAAUUUUACAAUUAUCGUUAAUUGGAGCAUCUCAGCCAUCUGGUUCUGUUAUUGGACCUCUACUCAUUGGAAGAUGUUUUGACAUAUUCGGUAGGAAACCAACGUUAUUAUGCUUAUGCUUAAUCAUGACAAUAUCUUUAAUAUUAUUAUCAUUUUCGUCUAUUAUAUACAUGUACAUACCUUUACUCUUCAUUGUGGGACUCUGUACCGGUGCAAUGAAUGUAGGUCUUCCGGUGUAUGUGGGUGAAAUAACCGAAGAACAUAACAGAGGUAGAUUUACGUGUUUAGUCCAAGUUGGGCUUCCGAUAGGAAUGAUGUUAAGUUUUUUAACAGGACCAUACCUCUCAGUAAAAUAUUACACUCUAAUAUGUGCUAUACCAGUAGCUCUAAAUGCGAUUUUCUUUGCAACUAUCUUACCUGAAUCGCCAGUUCAACUUAUUAAAUUUAAACGCCUAUACCAAGCUCAAGAUGUACUAGGACGGCUCAGACAAAAAUCGCCAAAAGAAGUUGAAAUAGAAGUUAGCAGAAUACAAAACGAGUUAGCAAUAACUUCAAAUAGUAAACAAGGGGGCUGCUCCAAAUUGCUGUCUGACAAAAGUUCUCGUAAUGGAUUCAUCGUGGCUGUAGGCGCUUAUAAUCUACUAGUAUUAGGAGGCAGUCAGUCUAUGACAAGUUAUUUACAACCCAUCUUCGACAAAGCAGAUUCUCCCAUUCCAAGUAAUAUUUGUGCUUUAUUAGUAACUAUAGUUCAAAUAUUCUGUUACCUUGGUUCAUCACUUUUUGUUGAAAAAGUAGGUAAAAGAAACCUUAUUCUAUUUUCAACCAGUACAUCAAUAAUUCCGUUAAGUUUAUUUGGUUUAUAUUUCCAGUUAAAAUAUAGCGGAUAUACUUUUGUUGAACAGUGUACAUGGUUUCCAGUUGUUGCACUGGUAGUAUUCACCACAGUAAACAACAUAGGAAAUGCGUCUGUUCCCAUAGCUCUCAUGAACGAUUUGUUCACAAACCAAGUAAAAGCUACCGCGGUCUCUUCAAUUGUUUUGGCAUUUGGAAUUCUUAAUUCUAUUGUGACAUUCGGUAUACCGCUCGUAAUGGAAACUAUAGGAAUUCAGUGGUGUUUUGGAUUUUUGCCGGUAAUUGUGUAUUAG